AUGGCAGAGCUGUCGAAACGUGGACUGGCCCCUCCCGACCUCGAAGAGAAGUACAAGCGUGGUGAGGGCAUUGGCGCACCCGGUCAAAAACGUCAGGCCAACGACCCGCCAGUCCUCGACCCUGUCUCGGGCCUCCUGUCUCCAAUCGGCCUUGGUUCCCUGACCCCUAAACGUCAGGCCAACGACCCCCCUCUUCUCGACCCUCUGUCCGAGAUCCUCUCUCCUCUCGGCCUUGGGUCUCUGGUCCCUCGCUCGGCGCAACACGAUCUUGCUCGUGAACAUCUCCGCGCCCGCCUGGAGGAACGCGAUGAAGAUGUCGACAUCGAUGCCCCUAUCCUCACACCCAAGGCCCACAAGCGCCAUGUGGAAGAGCGUGGCUUGCUGGGAGGCCUUCUCGCCCCCUUGACUGGCAUCCUCGCCGGCCUUGAUGUCCCCACACCCCAGGCAUCUGGCGAGCAGGCUAUCCCGGGCAACGACCCUGCGCAUCAGUACCAGCCUCCCGGCCCCACCGACAUCCGUGGCGUCUGCCCGACACUCAACACUCUGGCCAACCACGGCUACUUGUCCCGCAAUGGUGUUACCUCGUUUGCCGAGGCUGCCAAUGCCGUCCAGAUUGCCUACUCCAUCUCUUACGACCUUGCCAUCUUCCUUAGCGCCCUCGGCCUGCUUGCCGGUGGUGAUAUCCCUACCGGAAAGUACACCAUCGGCGGUGCAAGCCCCCUUGUUCCCCAGACCAUCCCCGGCGUUCCCCCGCUUGGCAUUGACCGACACGGUCUCUUUGAGAUUGAUGCAUCCAUCUCGCGAUGGGACCGUUACUUUGGCGACGACCACUCCUUCAACAUCUCCCGCUGGAACAAGGCCGUUGAAGACGCCAACAACUACGGAGACGGCCUCUUCAACAUCGAAGCCAUGAAGAACAACGCGGCCGAUGCCGUGGAAUACUCCCGCGCCGUCAACCCUGAGUUCGCCUUUGGCGGCAACUUCGCCGUCGUCUACGCGACGCGCGCUCUUCUGACCCGCCCGCUGCCCAACGGCACUGACCCCGACUUCCCCAACUUCAGCAACAUCGCCUCCUUCUACCUGAACGAGACCUUCCCAUACAACUGGUACCGCAUUCCGGACUCGUACUCCUUGGUCGACCUGCUCGGCGACAUCGGCGACCUGUUCCUGUUCAAGCCGCAGCCCCUCGGUGCAAACGUGAACGGCGAGUUCGUCCCCCUCAACAUUUCCAUCCCCGAAGCUCCCGAGGAAAUCGGCUGCUUGGGCUUGACCCUUCUCGCCAGCGCGGCGCCCAACGAAGUCGAGGCCGGCGCACAAGCUGCCGCUGCUCUCUUCAACCAGGUCUUUACCCCGGUGUUGGGGCAGUCGUGCGACAUCUCCAUCUACGCCCAGCCGUCCAACGCCAGCUACACCGUGGAGGGAGAGGACACCGCCGCCGGCAGUGGCAGUGGCAUCACGCACCUUGGCGAGUGGGACUCGCAGACUGACAAGCCCUCUGGCCUGUCCAGCGGCGACCCAGUCAAGAAGCGAUCUCCCUUCAAGGCUUGA